AUGGGAGCCGCCAAGAUCGCCAUGUUUGAGGCUUGUUGUAGGGCUCGUGAUGGGGAGCCUACAAUCGAAUUGUUUCGUAGAUUCUAUAAGUUAUGUUGUUCCGGGGAUUGGUUUUCUAUGGAGAGGAGGUCUGAGCCUGGCUUGGGUGAGUGUAUUACAGAUUACAAAGAUUCUUUAAAGGGCUGGAAAAGUAGGUUUUUUUAUGUAGAUUCAUCAAUUGUGCUUCCUAGAUAUUAUCAGGCUCUCGAGUUCAAGGAUGUUCUUGACACUAAAGGGAAAAUGUCUGACCCUGUUCCGUAUGAUGGUUUUGACGUGGAACUGUAUAAGUCCCUGUUGGCAUCUAAGGUUGUUUGGAGGACAUUGCCAGAGGAGAUUCUUUAUCUUGCUAGAUUAAGUAAGACAUGGGCCCAUCAUCCCGCGGAGCCACUGAUCUGGGGCGCGGAUGGGAAGGUGAUGGACUUUACCACUUUUCUGUUAGAAGGUUAUGAAAAUUCCUCUUAUACUCCUGACGUCCCUAAGGGCGAGCGAGUGCCUACUGUUAAGGACUUGGAUUAUUCUAAAGAGCUUGAAGUACUUUUGGAUGAUGAUGGAGAGCUUCAAGCUAUAGAUCCUCAGGCAGAAGGGAUGGAGGGUGUGAGCAGGUCUCAAACUUUGGGGUUGCCUGCCUGUGCUAGUGAUUUUGGACACAUAUCAAAUAAGCAGAAAAAGAAGAUUCAAGUGGUAAGCCACUCGGGUCCGAAACGAAAGGGUAAAAUAGAUAGGGAGACAGUAUCUGAUCGUCCCAAAGUUAAGAAACCUAAAGUUUUUGAGGGAAUAAGGUUGUCUGAGCCGUCUGGUGGAACUUAUAGGCUUCGUAGUGAUGGCCAAAGUACUUCUGGUUACGGUAUGGGGAAAAGUAGGGCUUCCCUGGUCAAGGUAUUUGGUUCUAAAGCAGAGAGGACGCUCCCUGGCGAGCUUUCAGAUGGAGGAAGGGAGAAAGAGGAAGAAGAAGACGAGGGAGAAGAGGAAGAAGAAGGGGAGAGUGCCACGGGAGGAUACUAUGCUCCUGAUUUCAAAGUUGAUUUGCUUCCUGCCAUUCCUUCUGUUAAAGAUUGGGAGCCUCCAGAAAUCCCAGAUGUAGAUGGUCCUUUUACUUUGACGCUUCCUGGGGUUCCUUAUAAGAGUGGUCUGCUCGAGAGGAGUGAGAGGGCGGCUUAUGUUUCAGGCGUGGUGAUGCCUUCUCGCUGUAAGGAGAUGGCUGGUCGCACUACCGAUUCCUUCCACGAUCACGGUCGUGAGAUAGCUAUUCAAUAUAUGUCUUGGCAGGAUGAUAAUUUUCGCAGGUGGACGAUUAUGGAAAAGAGCCUAAGUGAAGCAAGGAAACAGGUGACGAUGCUAAAGCGCCAGUGUCGCAGAUAUGAGGAUAGAAAUGGCACAUUUGCAUUCGGACACCAGGUUGAAGAUCUUAAGACCGAACUUCAGAUUGAAAAACAAAGGAACGGUAUGGUGGAUGCAGAGUUAGACCAUGAAAGGGGCAAGAUACGGGAUUUGGUGAAGUUGGCGGAAGACUGGAAAGAAAAACAUGAUAACAAUCGAAAGAAAAUUGAGGAGUUGAUGUUGGAGUUUAGUGAGAAAGAGAAGUGUUAUCUUGAUGAGGUUCGUGAAUUAAAAGAGAAAGUAGGUGAGCUUGCUGGUGAGAAGCGGGCUGUGUUGGAGGCUAUUCCAGAGUUUGUCCGGAAACUUCAUUCUAGCCUUGAAUUCAGUUUGGCUAUGGCUGAGGUUCAAAAGUUUGCUGUACGUUUGGGUGCUCACCGUAACCUUGAAAAGUUACAUGCUAGGAAUUCUAAGUUGGACAUUACUAAGCAUGAGGGGUACAAUCCAGGCAUUAUAUCUGAGCUUUAGAGCGCAGGGGAAAAGUUUCGACAGAAGACUUAUGCUUACCUUACUCAGCUAGCAUCUAGUUCGGGACUCUCGGCAGAAGACCUAUUGAAGAUUCCGGCUCCGGAAACUACCUCUACUUCGUUUUCAGUUCCAGCUCCAUCUACUUCUUAGGCUUUUCUCUUUAUUUAGUUUGUUGCCUCUGUUGGUUUUAGACAUUUCCUUUAUGUUUGUAUGUUGCCUCUGUUGGCCUUAGACAUUUGUUGGCCUUAGCCAUUUCCUUUUGUGUACGCUUCAUGCUAACUUUGUGUUGAACAAUUUUUAUGUUGCUUGCCUUUGUUUUAA